AUGAUCCAAAAAGAGCUGCUGUUCGGUUCCGACCCAGAUGAGCCUUUCUCAGGAGGAGAAGUUCGGAUCCAGAAACCAGGAGACUUCCUGCUGCAGGUCCAGUUCGGUACCAGAACCGGUCUGCUUCAACUGGAACUGCGGUGUCACCUGAACUCUUCCAGAACCGGUCCAAACGGAACCGACACCUUGCUGAGGAAGGGCGGGAAGCGGCAGGAUCCAGAACCUUCCCGCCCGGCAGCCGGUCCAGUUGUUCCGAUCCGGUUCUGGUUCCGGACCGUUUGUGUUUUUUCCUUCUGGUGCCCGCGGGUCAAAGAAAGUUCUGAAGAGUCGAACCGAACCUCUCCGUCACUCCGCCCCCACCGGGACGGGGCCCGCGAGAGGGAGGCGGACCAGCAUCCAGCACAGAGCCGAACCGAACCGAACCGGACCGGACCGCGCAGCUUGUCCAUGAGCCCGAAGCUGUCCACGCCGUACUCAGUCACAGACAUCCUGAGCCCGAUGGAGGAGGCGUACCGCCGGUUCGGAGGGAUGGAGCCCGGCCCGCUGGGGGCCUACCGGCAGCCUGGGACCCAGAACCAGAACCACCUGUACCACCACCACCAUCAUCACCUGCCCGCUCCCUCCUCUUCCUCAGCUCUGGGCCCCGGGCCCGCCUACCACGCUCCCCCCGGGGUGCCGCAGUUCUCCGGGGCCGCGGCGGGGUUCGGCGGCGGCGGGGAGCUGCUCCCGGAGCCGGGGCGGAGCGGAGGGCCCGCCGCCUGGUACGGCGGCCCGCAGCCCCGCUACCCGAGCAUCUCCAGGCUGAUGGGCGCCCCGGGCGCGGUGAGCCUCCCCGGGAUGGUGGGCGGCCUGGCCGGCAUGGAGCCCGGCGCCAAGCCGCUGCUGUCGCUCCACGCCGCGCCGCGCCGCAAGCGGCGGGUCCUUUUCUCCCAGGCGCAGGUGUUCGAGCUGGAGCGGCGCUUCAAGCAGCAGAAGUACCUGUCCGCCCCGGAGCGGGAGCACCUGGCCGGCCUCAUCCAGCUCAGCCCGAACCAGGUCAAGAUCUGGUUCCAGAACCACCGAUACAAGCUGAAGCGGCAGGCCAAGGACAAGGCCGCCCAGCAGCAGCAGGAGGCCGGCGGCCAGAGCGCGGCCUCCCGCCGCUCCUCCGCCGGGUCCCCGCUCCUCUCCAAGGCAGAGAGGAGCUGCCGGGGCGAACCGAGCCACACCGGGACCCGCCAGCCCGGCUCUGCUGACGCGGUAGCCGACCAGAACCAGAACCAGAACCAGCGGUCCUCCCCAGAGCAGCCGGAGGAUCUGUGCCCCAGCCCGCCGCUCGGCCUGCAGCCGCACAUCAACCUGACGCAGACGGACGCGGCGCUCAUCGAGUACACCAGCAGCAUGCUCGGGUCCAAUUUACUGUACGGCCGAACCUGGUAGAACCGGGAAAACUGCAGAACAUUCCCGACCCCGCAACAGGGAAAAUGAUCCAGUUUUCAUUUCCGCGCGUAAAACCUCCUUCAUGCAGAGACUCGACUUCCAGCGGGAUGGAAAUCAAACCGAACCGGACCAGAACUUCCUCCUGGAUUUAAAGGAAUAUUCCUGAGUUCCGGCUCACCGGUCCGGUCUGCUGAUAACCUGGUUCCAGAACUGCUGUGGUUCCGUUCAGGCAUGACUGUUUCCUUUUGAAAACGGAAUAUUUCAUGUAAAAAAUGGAUUUUUAUUUUAUUUAAAAUUAUUUCCUUUGUCUCAA